AUGGUGCACGAUGCCGUCUCCCGUCCCAUCGUCGCCGAUGCCAUGCAAGGCAUCAACGGCACCGUCUUUGUCUACGGUCAAACUUCGUCUGGUAAGACACAUACCAUGAUGGGCACGGACGAUCAUCCUGGCAUCAUCCCUCAAGCGAUUGACGACAUUUUUGAGAGCAUUGAGGCGCAAAAUGAUCGCGAGUUUCUCCUGCGUGUCUCUUUCCUUGAAAUAUACAACGAGAACAUUAGUGAUUUGUUCAACGGCAGCAACACCAACCUCAAGAUCCAUGAGACGGUUGAGGGUGACAUCUUUAUUGGCGACCUGACCGAGGAGGUCGUGUACACGCCAGAAGAUGUGUUGUCACUGCUUGAACGCGGUCUUCGCAACCGCAAGGUUGGAGCAACGCGCAUGAACGACCACAGCAGCCGCUCGCACACAAUCUUUCGCUUUGUGAUUGAAAGCCGCGAAUACGUCCCAGAGACGUCGGAGAACGCCGGACGUGAGAGUCUGCAAGGUGCCGUCCGCGUAUCCCACCUAAACCUCGUCGAUCUGGCUGGCUCUGAGCGCAUCGCAAACACUGGUGCUGAGGGUAUGCGCCUGAAGGAGGGGGCUUCCAUCAACAAGUCACUCCACUGCCUCGGCAACGUCAUCUCCAAGCUCACCGAAUCUACUGACGCUGCCCAUGUGCCCUACCGUGACUCCAAGCUUACACGCAUUCUUCAAAACUCGCUCGGUGGCAACGCCCGCACGGGUAUCAUUUGCACCGUGACCGCGGCCGCCGUCCACCAGGACGAAACGAUCUCUACCCUCAAGUUUGCAACCCGCGCCAAAAAGAUUUGCAACCACGCCGUGGUCAAUGAGGUCUAUGAUGAAAAGGCACAGAUUGUCAAGCUUCGCAAGCAAAUUCGUGAGCUGGAAAAGGAGAAGCUUGAACUGGAAAGCGGUGCUGCCGUGCAGCAGCUUGAAGCCGAAAAGGCGCAGCUAGCCCGCGAUCUUGCAGCACAAAAAGAGAACAUCUCAAAGCUCAGCACGAUGCUUCUCCACUCGGACGCACUCAUCCAGCCCUCCCCGCGUGUACAAAACCCCCGCGCACGCCGCAACGAGCGUCGCAAAACAUGGGCCGCGCCCAAGCAUCGUCGCAGUAUGAUGCGCUCGCGCAUGUCCAUUCUGCCCGGCAGCGGCUCGGGCAUUGGUGGUCGACGCUCGAUUCUUCCUUCGGCUGACGUUCUGCUCAACAGCUCUGAACCCAUGGAAACAGCUGUUGAGGGCCCCGUGGACACAAGCCGCCGCCGUCGCCAGGCUCGCCCCGCCGCCUCUGCUACGGAUUCGGGCACAUUCUCUCGACAAGAGGUGCUCGAAGGCAAGAACCGCCAGCUCGAGCGUCAAGUGCGCGAGCUUGAAGAUGCACUCAAUUCAGUCAAUGAGCUCUUGGAAGGUACCAUUCGCGAUAAGGACCGUGUGACGGAGCAACUUGAACAGGCCAUGGCUCAGGCCGCAGCAGCCCCUGCACAAGAAGUGGGCCCCUCGCCCAGUGAGAUUGAGGAGCUGCAUCAAAAGCUAAAGGCGGCAGCCGAGCAUGCCGAGGAGCUGGUUUGUGCCAAGAAGCAGUGCGAGGAGUAUCUGCAGCACCAGCUGCAGGAGCAACGCGAUCUCAACAACAUGCUCAAGGAUGAACUUGAGGCUUUUCAGUCCAUCACGCCGCCGGCUUCCCCAAGCGGCGCCGUUCGGGCGGCUGUUGGGCCCUUGGAAUCCACCAUCGAGGAGCUUCGUGCCCAACUUGCAGUGCACGAGGACACCAUCAAGAACCUCCAGGGUGAGCAAGCCACACGCGAGGCGUCUCAUAAUCAGGCCAUGGAAGAACUUCGUGAAAGCGCUCGUGCUGAGGCUGAAGCCCAGCUGCGUGAGGAGCUGGAAGACAUGGCAAAGCAGGUCGGCGCUGCCAAUGACGCCAAACAAGCUGCCGAAGACAACGCCUAUAUGCUGGAGCAUCAGUUGAACACCACCCGUAGCAAGCUCGAAGCCGCUACUCAAGAACUCCAGCAGGCACGUGGUGAGGAUCAGUCUACGGAGAGCAAGACAGAGACAGACGCCGCCACCAGCGUGCUGCAACAGCGCGUCGACGAACUGGAGGCGGAGCGGGAGGAGUUUCUUGCUACCCUCCAGCCCUUUGGGCUGGGUGCCCCGGCCGACUUGCUGGCAUAUCUCAACGGCAUCAAAACUAGCGUUGAAGCCAUGCAAGCUGAGACCCUAGCCCAGUCAACUGCAGCCACGGAAGCAGAGGCUAAGGUGGCCGAGCUGACCAAUCAACUGGAUGCUCUCAACGCCACUGCUGCCCACGCAUUCGAGCUGGAGGGUCAGCUGCAAAAGGCUCAGCAGGAGGCGGCUACCUCUAACCAGGCGCGCGCAGCGGCCGAAGAGGCCUGCGCCACGGCCACCGCCAAUGCGGAGCACUUGCAGCGUCAACUGGCAGCCCUACAGGCAGCCCGUGAUACUCUCGAGAGCAGCAUGUCUGCACUUGCGACGCAGAUGGCAGAAAACGGUGCACAAGAUGCUGCCUUGGCUGAGCUGCACGCACAAAUGGCGCAAGUCCAGCAAGAGCGCGUCCUGGCAGAGCAAGCGCGCGAUCAAUUUGAACACGAUUGUCAAAAGUGGCAAGCCAAGGCCAACGAACUCAAGAAGACUCUGGCGGAUCGCGACUGGGAAGCCGAUGAAGGAAGCUGGCAUACGACUCGCCGCAUGGAGGAGUUGCAGGCCGAGGCCGACGACAAUGAAGCGCGGUGCGAGGCCCUCCUAGAAGAUUUUCAAGUGCUUGAGAGCCAGAACGAGGAGCUCGUGCUUGCAACUCAAGAAUUGGAGCUGCGAGUGCACAUGCUCGAGUCUCAGUCAACGACGUCCACUGCUGCCUUGCAGGUUGAUGUCACCCAAUCUGAGACGACCCACGUAGCCACUUCCUCCCUGCAGGCCCUGCUUGCGCACGCCGAGCAGCACAUUGCCGAGCUUGAGGCAGAGCGUGAUGGUCUGGCACACGCGGUCGAGGAACUGCACGGCGGUGACGAGGAUGCCAUCGAGGUUGCUUGUGCGUUUGCCGAGGCGGCCUUUGAUUACUCUGUGCGUCAGUCGCUGGCUGAGACUCGUGCUCAGCUCGAAGUUGCCGAGACGCGCCUGGCCGUCGUGAUGGCUCAAGAGUCCGCCCAGCCAGAGGCUUCUGACGUGCUGACGCCGCGUCGCGAGGCUUUACAAGCCGAAUGCACCAUGUUGCGUCAGCAAGUGGCUGAGCUUCGCGACGCAAAAGAGCAAGCUUCGCCCCAACAAACCGCUGCCACACCGCCUACCGCCCCCAGCACGGCAGCGCGUGCGCGUAAGGGCCUGCUCUCCAAGCUUACCAAGUCUGUUUCUCGAUCUGUAUCCAAAGCCGUCAAGCGCAAGCGUCUGGGACGCAAGACCGCCAUUGACAGCCCCAUGGUGGGUGGCGCCGUUAGCGCGUUUGACAUGGAGGCUGCGGCCGUAGCCAACGAGAGCCCAAUGCCCAUGGAGGAGGAUGGGCCCGCCGUGUCCCCAGAGAUGGCAGCGGCGCUUCACGACCUGGCAGAGUUGCGUGAAGCUCACACUAGUCUCGAGACAAACUUUGUUGCAGCGUCAGAAAUGGCGGAGCGAUUGCAGGCACAGCUUACGGCAGCCAAGCUAGAAGCUGCAGAGAUUCAAGAAGCUUUUGCCAUCGCGCAGCAGCAGCGCGAGGCCAUGGCUGCUGAGUUGGAAGCCCUGCAAUCUGAGCCAGCAUCGGAACCAACUGUUGAUGAAGCAACCAUGGCUGCACUGAAGUCGGAGCGCGAUGCUUUGCAGACUCAACUGGAGGAUAUGGUAACUCAAGACAGUUAUGAUGAACAGGUCGAGCGGGUCCUCGAGCUUGACGGCCGCUUAACGCGCAGCCAAGCCUGCGUGACUGAGAUGGAGCAGCAGCUUGAAGCCCUUUGCCACGAGCGUGACCUGUUCCAAGCCAAGUGCGUGGUGUUUGAACAAAAGGAAGAAAGCAUGCGUCAAGAACUGGAGCACCUACGAGAAGCCCGCCUGAGUGCAGAGCCAGUGGUCGAUGAGGAUCUGACUGCCAAAUUCCAAGCGUUGGAAUCCAAGCACACAUCCUUGACCGCCGAGCUCGCCUCGGUCACGGCACGUCUGUCGGCCGAAGUGGAGUCCAAGCAGACAGAUCUUGAUGACCUGCGCGUGCGCGUGGCCGAAAUGACCACACAAUUGUCUGCGGCACAGCAGGCCCACGACUCGGUGAUGCAAGAGCUUACAGAGGCUCGUGCACAAUUGACUGCCGCAGCGGACCAGGAGGCUCUGGCCGCGGAGCAUGAAGCGCAGGUGGCGGCGCUGCGAGCACAGUUGGCCACCCUGCAAGCCGCCCAAGCUUCAGCUGAAAAUGACCUGGCGGCCAGUGCUGCGCAGCGUGAUGAGGCCGAGGCGCGUGCCAGCGAGUUGCACGCACAGCUCGCGCAGACGCAACAAGAAAAGGAAACCGUGUGCACCGAGCUGGCCAAGACUCGCGACGAACUGAGUCAGGCAGAGCAGUCGCACAAGCAUGAGACAGCCGGUGUUUCUGCAAGUUUAGAGGAGGCCGAGCAAGCCCGUGCCGCGGCCGAGCACGAACUGAGCGUGCAACGCGAGCAGGCAGAUCUGGCUCGUGCUGAAGUUGCCAGCUUGCACGAGAAGCUGGCUGAGCUGCAAACGGCAGAACGCGAUGCUGCGACAUCACGAACCGAACUGGAGGAAGCCUUGCAAAAGCUGGCCACAACACAAAGCAAGCUGAGCGAGGUUGAGCAGGCCUUGGCUGCUGCUGACUCUGCCCAAGCAAGUUUGGAGGCUGAGCACGCCACCCAAGUGCGUGAGCAUCAGGAGCAGGUGGAGGAGCUGCAAGACACUGUCGAGGGCCUACGCCUGCACUGCACAGAGUUAGAAGCGCAGAUUGCCGCUAUUGACUCAACCAACACGGCCAAUGAAGAGGUGACGACCCUGACCCUUCAACUGGAGCACGCCCAGCGAGCCCGUGACGAGGCGGUUGCGGAGACGGAAAAUCUCAAGGCCCAGUUGGCGGAGGCGGAAGAAAAACUUGUGGCUGUGCAGCAGAAGAGCUUGGACACCCGGGCCGAGUUGCAGCGCGUGGAGCUUAGGUUGACAAAGAUGAAGAGCAAGCAUGAUCGGCUCCACCAAACCAUCGUGGCCGGUGACAACUACCUUGAAAUGCGCAUCGCUUCCCUCACUGAGGAACUGGAGGCUCGCACAGGUGAACUGCAGGCGCUGCGUGAGGGCUUGGAGCGAGAAGGUGCACGUGAUGCCGAGAUGGACGACUUGCGCGCGCAAAUCUCGCGCUUGCAGGAGGAGCGAGAGGACGUGGCUGCCGCCGCAGCCCGUGCCCGUCAGGCUACGCAAGAGAUUGAGGCUCUCCAAGAGGAAUUGACGCAAGCGCGUGCUUGUUUGAGUGGCAUUGACUCGACAGAGAAUACACUCAAGGCAGCGCUUCUGGAUGUGCGCGAGGAGAAUCACCGCCUUCGCUCCUUGGUGGAUAAGCUGCGAGUUGUUGAGCCUACUUCCAGCGACGCAAGCCAAGCGGGGUCAACAACCGCCGUGGGUGGUCCUGAUCAUGAGGUUUCCCUCGUCGACCCUAACGCGUCACUGGUUGCCCGGGCCCGAGCAGUACGCUCAGCGGCCAGCGAUGCGGGCAGUGGCACUGCCGGUGUCGGAGCACGCGUGGUCCGUGCCAUGUCUGCUCUCGAGCCCGAUGUCGGCGAGACCACCCUGGAGAACGUGGCGCCAGAAGCAGCGGCCACACCCACCAAUGCGGCCCCGUCCUUGGAGCCCAGCGGCAGCGGCAGUGGUAAGCGUGGUGCCGCUUUGAGCUCGAGCGCCACGUCUUCCCCUAGUCGCCCCGCAGCGAAACGACCCCUAUCGGAGCGAAUUCAGAACACACCGUCCAAGGAUUUGUUUGGUCGUAGCAAGCAAAAGGCGGAGAUGAUUCGCCAGGCCUCUGGCAAAGAGGAUACCCAACAAGUGCGCUUCCAAUUGCCGUCUGGCGAACAAGUGACAACGGGCGAUGAGGUCGUGGCCCCUCGCGACCCAGUGGCAGCCGGUUCUCAAUUGGCUCGCAAGAGUCGUCAGGCCGAGGUGCGCUCAGACAUUGACCGUGAUGAGCACCCGGCUGAAUGUGCCCCGCAGUAGAUGCAUCGUACGUUGUCGGUGUUUCUGCACUAGUUCUUGAUUUGAUGUGUGAUAUUUGUGCGAAGUUGGUCGGAGAUGAGCGUCUAUAGAUGUUGUCGUUCCUUUGUUGACUUGAAGAGAGAUUGAUUGCUUGAUUCGUUGAUUGAUGAGUAUG